AGAGGUCGCCCGGUCGCCCCAGCAACCGAGCCCCGCUCCGUCCUAGCGCCCAGCUCCCUUGCAAGGCCGCAGAGCUGGCGAGCCAGGGGGAAUCGCAGAGUCGCGACAGUCUGUCCAACCCGUCUCCGUCAACUUCUCAAUCAUCAUCUGGAGAGAAAACAUUCUAAGUAAGAUCAUCAAAACCACCUUGGACAAAGCUACAGUUGCAUAUCAUAAAGAAGGAAUAAGCAUCUUCAGAAGUGUAUAAGAUAAAGUUUAUAUUUCCAAAUGGCGACAAGUACGAUGGUGACUGUACCAGAACAGCUUCUGGGAUCUAUGAGAGGAACGGGACGGGCAUCCACACCACUCCUAACGGAAUUGUCUACACGGGAAGCUGGAAAGAUGACAAGAUGAAUGGAUUUGGAAGACUUGAGCAUUUUUCAGGAGCCGUGUAUGAAGGACAAUUUAAGAACAAUAUGUUUCAUGGACUGGGGACUUACACAUUCCCAACUGGGGCAAAGUACACUGGAAAUUUCAAUGAAAAUAGGGUGGAAGGUGAGGGGGAGUACACUGAUAUCCAGGGCCUGCAGUGGAGCGGCAACUUCCACUUCACGGCGGCCCCCGGCCUCAGACUAAAGCUCUACAUGUAGACCUGCUGCCUAAUGCCGCCAUGCGGCCACCGCACCUCCCCUGCAGGCAAAGCGACGAAACCUUCAGCUGACAUGCCCUGCACCCUCUGUAAGUUUACCAAUAAAACUGUCCUUCACUUAA